CGCGCGGCGACCCGACCACGCACCCGCGCACCAUGCGCUACGACACCGCCUCGCGAGUGCACUCUCACCACAUAAACAUUAUUCAGUGACACCCUUUACGGAUUUCUCUUCCUUCUACCAGCUUCAAGAGCUACACCGACAAUGGCGACUUCCGGAGGGAAGUCUCGGCGGGAGGAGACCAGCGACAAUUCAGACGACGAACUCUUGCCGCUCGCUAAUGACACUUAUGGCGGCAGCCAAAGAACAGUACAAGAAACGAAAGGAUGGGACGUAUUCAGAGAAUUUCCUCCGAAGCAGGACAGUGGGUCUAUGGAGAGUCAAAAAUGCCUAGAGUUCACAGUCAGGGUCCUCAAAAUAUUAGCGUAUGCUGUUACUUUUAUAGUAGUACUUGCUUCUGGAGUCAUUGCAAAAGGACUUGUACUUUUUAUGACCUCGCAAUUAAAAAAAGAUAGGAGAUUAGCUUAUUGUAAUAGAAAUUUAGGUAGGGAUAAACAAUUUGUAGUUAGUUUACCGGACGAAGAACGAGUGGCGUGGAUGUGGGUGAUUCUGGCAGUUUUCGCUAUUCCGGAAGUUGGAACUCUCAUUAGAUCAGUCAGAAUAUGUUUCUUCAAAUCAGUAAAGAAACCGAAGAGCAUACACUUCGUAGUGGUGUUCAUAGCGGAAUCGCUUCAUACGAUAGGCUUGGCGUUACUAGUUUUCAAAGUACUGCCAGAGAUAGAUGUCGUAAAGGGAGCGAUGAUAACGAAUUGCAUGUGCAUAGUGCCAGCUAUACUCGGCUUACUGUCCCGCAACUCGCGAGAUUCGAAACGCUUUGUGAAAGUUAUAGUCGACAUAGCCGCCAUUGUCGCGCAAGUGACUGGCUUUAUUGUGUGGCCGCUGCUCGAGAACAAACCGGUGCUAUGGCUGAUUCCGAUUUCGGCUUUGUGUAUAUCUCUGGGUUGGUGGGAAAAUUACGUGACCCGACAGAGUCCGAUUGGUAUCAUAAAAAGUUUAGGCCGAGUGAAGGAGGAAUUGAACCAAACACGCUAUUAUACGUACAGAUUUGUAUCCGUGUGGAAAAUUAUUCUAUUCUCUGUUUGCAUAUUAAUGUGCAUUUGGAUGGAUGGUGAUAAUCCGGCAAUGUUCUUCCAGUUGUUCAAUGAGGGUUUUGGACCACAUAAUAUCGUCGUUGAAGAGGUACAAGUUCAACUAGGAGGAACAAUAAUUCCAGACUUGGCAAAUGCAACAUUAACAGGCGACUCCGUAGAAGUAGCGGCUGUAUACAAAUCAGCAUUUUAUGUUCUACUGAUACAAGUUUUCGCCGCUUACUUCUGUUACAUUUUCGGAAAGUUUGCGUGCAAAAUUCUUAUCCAAGGUUUCAGUUAUGCCUUCCCGAUCAAUUUGGUUAUACCAGUUGUGGUGAACUUCCUGAUCGCAGCAUGUGGCUUACGAAAUGGCGACACCUGUAUAUUCCAUGGCACUAUACCCGAUUACUUGUUCUUUGAAAGUCCACCAGUUUUCAGUCUCAGUGAUUUUAUAUCCCGUCAAAUGGCGUGGGUUUGGUUAUUAUGGCUUCUAUCCCAAACUUGGAUAAGUAUUCACAUUUGGACUCCAAAAGCGGAACGUUUGGCAUCUACUGAAAAACUGUUCGUACUUCCCAUGUACAAUGGUUUAUUGAUUGAUCAAAGCAUGGCGUUUAAUAGAAAACGUGACGAUCAAAAAGAUGUUAAAACUGAGGAUCUAGCUGAAAUAGAAAAGGAGAAAGGUGAUGAAUACUACGAAACUAUAUCAGUUCACACGGACAAUACUGGAUCAUCUCCCAAGACCGUGAAGUCAUCAGACUCGAUCACCAGGAUAUACGCAUGCGCUACUAUGUGGCACGAAACGAGAGACGAGAUGAUGGAGUUCUUGAAGUCUAUCCUUCGGUUGGAUGAAGAUCAGUGUGCAAGACGUGUCGCACAGAAGUACUUAAGAGUAGUUGACCCAGAUUACUACGAAUUCGAAACGCAUAUUUUCUUGGACGACGCCUUCGAAAUCUCUGAUCACAGUGACGAUGAUUCGCAAGUAAAUAGAUUCGUGAAACUUUUUGUGGACACAAUUGAUGAAGCAGCUUCUGAAGUACAUCAGACGAUUAUACGUGUACGACCACCCAAGAAAUAUCCUGCACCAUACGGAGGUAGAUUGACAUGGGUUCUUCCUGGAAAAACGAAAAUGAUUUGCCAUUUGAAGGAUAAGUCGAAAAUUCGUCACAAGAAACGUUGGUCACAGGUGAUGUACAUGUACUACCUUUUGGGAUACCGUCUAAUGGAGCUGCCGAUAUCCGUUGACCGUAAAGAAACAAUGGCCGAGAAUACGUACUUGCUAACGCUUGAUGGAGAUAUUGAUUUCCAGCCUCACGCUGUCCGUUUGCUUAUCGAUUUAAUGAAGAAGAAUAAGAACUUAGGUGCAGCUUGCGGUCGUAUUCAUCCUGUCGGAUCAGGACCUAUGGUGUGGUAUCAAUUGUUCGAGUACGCUAUUGGUCAUUGGCUGCAAAAGGCGACAGAACACAUGAUUGGCUGCGUACUCUGUAGUCCUGGAUGCUUCUCUCUGUUCAGAGGAAAAGCUUUGAUGGACGAUAACGUUAUGAAGAAAUAUACACUACGACCCGAAGAAGCUAGACACUUCGUGCAGUACGAUCAAGGGGAGGACCGUUGGCUUUGUACACUACUUCUACAGCGAGGUUAUCGUGUCGAGUAUUCAGCUGCUUCAGACGCGUACACGCAUUGUCCCGAAGGAUUUAGCGAGUUUUACAAUCAACGUCGUCGAUGGGUACCUUCUACUAUUGCUAACAUCAUGGACUUGCUUGCGGACUACAAACACACGAUCAAAAUUAACGACAACAUUUCUUCGCCUUACAUUGCAUACCAGAUGAUGUUGAUGGGUGGUACAAUUCUUGGACCCGGAACUAUAUUCCUUAUGUUGGUGGGUGCCUUCGUGGCUGCUUUUAGAAUCGACAAUUGGACCUCUUUCGAAUACAACUUAUACCCGAUAUUGCUGUUUAUGUUCGUUUGCUUCACGAUGAAGUCAGAUAUUCAGUUGCUGGUUGCACAAAUUCUUUCAACUGCAUAUGCUAUGAUAAUGAUGGCUGUAAUCGUCGGUACUGCGCUUCAAUUAGGCGAGGACGGUAUAGGGUCGCCAUCUGCUAUUUUCUUGAUAUCGCUCUCGAGUUCAUUCUUUAUAGCUGCCUGUUUACAUCCCCAAGAAUUUUGGUGUGUUGUACCGGGCACUAUUUAUCUUCUUUCUAUACCUUCCAUGUACUUGCUACUUAUUUUAUAUUCUAUUAUCAACCUUAAUGUCGUAUCCUGGGGUACUCGAGAAAUUCAACAGAAGAAAACUAAAAAGGAAAUUGAAGCCGAAAAGAAAGCAGCAGAAGAAGCCAAAAAGAACGCAAAACAGAAGUCAUUGCUCGGCUUCCUUCCGGGUAUGAACAGUGAAGAAGAAGAGGGCUCCAUCGAAUUUUCUUUCGCAGGCUUAUUUAAAUGUUUGCUGUGCACACAUCCUAAGAGCAACGAAGAAAAAGUACAACUUCUGCACAUCUCGUCAACACUCGAAAAAUUGGAAAAGAAGUUGGAAAAUGUAGAAAGAGCAAUCGAUCCACAUGGCCAAUCGAGAGGACGGAAAUUAUCUGUCGGGCUCAGAGGAAGCACGAACGGCGAUCCACUGGUAACGGUUGCAGAAGGCGAAGAAGACCAUGAUUCUGAUUCAGAAACAGAUACUAUGUCUACUGUACCAAGAGAAAAACGUGACGACCUAAUCAAUCCAUACUGGAUAGAAGAUCCCGAUUUGAAGAAAGGCGAAGUUGAUUUCCUAAAUCAACAAGAAUUAGCGUUUUGGAAAGAGCUUAUUGACAAAUAUAUUUAUCCUAUUGAUGCUAAUAAAGAAGAACAGGCUCGUAUAUCCAAGGAACUGAAAGAGUUGAGAGACACGUCUGUAUUUAAUUUCUUUAUGGUCAAUGCUCUUUUUGUCCUUAUUGUAUUUUUGCUACAAUUGAACAAGGACAACCUUCAUAUUAAAUGGCCCCUCGGAGUUAAAACUAAUAUAACAUAUGAUGAGGCCACGCAAGAGGUGCUCAUUUCAAAAGAAUAUUUGCAACUUGAACCGAUUGGUUUGGUCUUCGUGUUCUUCUUUGCCUUAAUUUUGGUUAUUCAAUUUUCGGCUAUGUUGUUCCAUAGAUUCGGAACAAUAUCACACAUAUUAGCAUCGACAGAAUUAAACUGGUUCUGUACUAAAAAGUCUGAAGACCUAUCACAAGAUGCAUUGCUGGAUAAGAAUGCUAUAGCAAUAGUGAAAGAUUUACAAAAGCUCAACGGACUAGACGAUGAGUAUGAUAACGAUUCAGGAUCGGGUCCGCAAAAUGUGGGUAGGAGGAAAACGAUACACAAUUUAGAAAAAGCGCGGCAGAAGAAGAGAAAUAUUGGAACAUUGGACGUUGCAUUCAAGAAGCGUUUCUUCAAUAUGAAUGCAAACGAUGGUCCAGGUACACCAGUAUUGAAUAGGAAGAUGACCCUGCGCAGAGAAACAUUGAAAGCCUUGGAAACAAGAAGAAAUUCUGUUAUGGCUGAAAGAAGGAAAUCACAAAUGCAAACACUAGGCGCUAAUAAUGAAUAUGGAGUAACAGGAAUAUUGAACAACAACCACGGUGUUGGACCACGCCACCGAACUUCGACGGCCAACAUUUCAGUGAAAGACGUUUUCGGAGAACCAAAUGGUGGAAUGGUCAACAGAGGUUACGAGACCACCCUAGGGGAUGAAGACGACAGCAAUUCUAUGAGAUUGCAGCCGAGACAGAACCAAGUCUCAUUCCAAACAAGAUUUCAGUGAACAUCAACUGUAGGGUAGACGAUAGCAAACCAUAACGUUCUAUCAGACGCAUCUAAAUAUGUAUAUGUAUUUCUUUUAUCUUACUGAAAUAUGUUCUGUUCCAAAAGUUUGCUAUCACUACUAACGGAAGAUGCUAAAUUACGAAAUAUAUCAACGCCUAGUUAAUGCAAUCGUGGAUACUCAUUUUAGAAUAGUUACUAUUUACUGAAAUUAAUUCUUAGGACAUUAUGACUACUUGUGAUAUUUUAAGAGAUUUGUCUGAAUUUUUUUAUGACAUAGAAACACAAUUACAUAAUAAUUGUGUCGAUUCUGAAUUAUUAUUUUAUAUUAAAUGUAUAAGAAUGUACACUGCCACAUGAACUUUACAAUGAAUAAUUUUUAUAUGACAUAUCUAAAUAAAUAAAAUAAUUUUGAAA